AUGAUAGGGAGGCAAAACAUUCACUUUGGAAGUCCAUGAAUGGCCUUGGGUUUCCUAAAUUUCAACUGACUGGAUCCUAAAAACACCUUAACAAGAAAGACUUAUCAUUAUACUAGUUGUUGAGUAGCGUUGACAAAUGUUUCGGUGUUUAUUGCCGUGGCGUUGCAAUCGCCAAGUUGAUUCACUUGAUCGGACUCAUUGCAGCCUAAACUUUGUGCCUGAUGAAGUUUACCGGUACGAACGAUAUCUGGAAGAACUGUUCCUCGAUGCUAACCAGAUCAAAGAUCUACCAAGGCCAUUUUUCAGGUUGUACAACAUCAAGAGAUUAGGUCUGAGCGACAACGAGAUCGCUCGACUCCCUCCAGAAAUCGGCAACCUUGCAAGCUUACAGGAGUUUGAUAUCAGUAGAAACGAUAUCUGCGAUAUACCAGAGAACAUAAAAUACUGCAAAAGUCUCGAGUCGUUGGACUUGAGCGGAAAUCCAAUUUCCAAACUUCCUGAUGGAUUUUCACAACUUCAAAGUCUUACGUCAUUAUGUCUGAACGAUGUUUCAUUAAUACGUCUUCCUCCAGAUGUUGGAAGUUUAACAGAACUCCAAGUCUUAGAAGCAAGAGAGAAUCUUAUCAAGUUCCUUCCAGUAUCCCUUGCAUUUCUUACUAAACUUGAGAGACUGGACCUCGGCUGCAAUGAACUGGAAGAACUGCCUGAUGUGAUUGGAUCAUURCCAAGCCUUGCAGAAUUAUGGCUGGAUGGCAAUCUCCUCAAGACCCUACCCCCUGAAAUUGGCAACCUCAAGAAACUUCAAAUCUUUGAUGCCUCAGAAAAUAAGAUUGAAUACCUUCCCGAUGAAAUMUGCUUUUGUGCUGCUUUGACAGAUUUACAUUUAUCACAGAAUUUCCUGGAAGACUUGCCAGACACUAUAGGAAAACUUAAAAAGCUCCAGUUGCUAAAAGUUGACCAAAAUCGUCUUAUAUCUCUAACUCCUGCUAUUGGAGGAUCCAUAGGACUAACUGAAUUGAUUUUAACUGAAAAUCUUUUAGAGGAAWUACCUUCAACACUUGGCAAACUCCACAAAUUAUCUCUCUUAAAUGUAGAUAGAAAUCGACUAGUUUCUUUACCAGUUGAGGUUGGUAAUUGCACCAAGCUAACUGUGUUGUCAUUACGAGACAACUUACUACARCGACUACCAUCUGAGAUUGGAAACUGUCGUAAUCUUCAUGUUGUAGAUGUAUCUGGAAAUAGACUUGAGUUUCUUCCUCUGUCUGUUGGUACCCUUCCUCUUAGUGCCUUGUGGCUGUCAGAAAACCAGUCCCAGCCAAUCCUUAAACUGCAAACAGAUGACGAUGAACAAUCUGAAAAAGUUUUGACAUGUUUUCUGUUGCCUCAACAAGGAAUGGGUAGUCUAGAAAUGCUGACUAACGACCUUAGYCAUGGUUUCGCUAUGGAUAACUUGAUGAUGCAAGACUUUAAGGAGGAUGAAGAGGAAGAAAUCCCCCCUAAAGAAGGAGGCAUUCAUUUUGCKGAUGACCUUGGACCUGAGCAUGAUCGUGAGACAUCUCAGUUCAUACGACAUGACACACCAAGGUUUAAAGACCUCAAGGCACGUCAUCCUAAACGUGUCAUCCACAAAACACAUCCUGGUGCUGCUGAUGGCGCAGUGAGACAUGGCCGGUCAUUCACGGAUGAAGAAAGCGCUUCGGAUUCAGAUUCAGUGAAACACAAAAAGAUUGCUUUUGAAGAGAACACAACGGAAGACAAACCCGCCGAGGAGGAACAUUCAGAGGAGGUGACUUYACCACCGCGAGGCGUUGUUGGGUUUGCUAACGAUGCAGACGAAGCUGAAGGCGAAAAGGGAGACUCCGAUGAUGARCAUCAAAGAAUUCGGUUUGAAGGGGAAGAUCACCCCGAGAGACACGAGAAGCUUCGAAGAAGAGAUACCCCCCAUUACCUGAAGGAUAAAAGAAUUAAUAUGAAAGGAGAUGAAGAUAAAGUAAAAGAGAUCUUAGCUAAGACUACAGGAUCRGAGAAUGAACAAGAAGAUUCUGACGCGGAAGAMCAAGAGGGUCCAAAGCUAAAGCGAAAGCUACAGUUUGASAAURACGAUACUAAUGAAGACGUUGAACAGCARAUGGUCACAGUAACUAAAGUCGUAGAAGAGAUUGAGUACACAUUACACAGGGAUACCAAAGGCCUUGGUAUUAAUAUCGCAGGAGGAAAGGGAUCGACUCCUUAUAAGGAGAACGAUGAGGCUAUAUUCAUUUCAAAAAUCUCUGAAAAUGGGCCAGCGGGCAAGGACAACAUUUUACGGGUCGGAGAUAAAAUAUUAAAGGUGAAUGGCACAGACAUAAGUAGCGCAACACACCACGAGGCGGUUAAUGUACUCAAGUCAACUGGCAAAGAUAUAACGCUGUUUGUUGUUCGUGAACGAGAAGAAAUUGUCAAGAAACCCGUCCCAAAGAAGACUCCAGAGAAAGUACAAGAAACUAUCGAAGCACCGGUACACGAGAAUGGACUUCAUGAAGCAUCCGAGCUGGAAUCCAUGCCAAAUGAGGUUGACGAGACUCCAAAAGAGGACARCAAGAGAGUUGGUGUACGAUUCGCGCCAGAACCAGAAAUGGAAGAGAUCGAAACAAAACCUGAGCGCGUGACUGUCACGCUAAGGCGAGGAGGAGAUAAAGGACUGGGUUUUAGUAUUGCUGGUGGGCGUGGAUCGACGCCGUACAAAGAUGGCGACCCGGGUAUUUUUAUAUCGAAGCUCGCUGAAGAAGGUAUCGCAGAAAGGGAUGGUCGGCUUAAAGUCGGGGAUAAAAUAUUAUCGAUAAACAGCAAGGAUAUGAGGAGCUGUCGUCACGAGGACGCCGUUGCCAUGUUAACGGGAGGUCUAUCCUACGUCACGCUAAUCGUUUAUCGAGAGAAGGUCGUUAAUAAGAGGAUGACUCCAGUAUCCAAACUACAAGACCAGUCGACUGUUAAUAAGAAACUAUUAAUCAAGAAUGAAGGCGUUGAAAAUCAUCUAGAGAAUGGACAAGACUUGGAUCUCGAGGACGGCAAACCUGUAUUGGAUAUAGUCGAAGUGAUAUUAAAGAAAGGUAACAAUCCAUUAGGGUUUAGUAUUGUUGGAGGAUGUGAUCAUGCCAGUCAUCCCUUCGGAAUGGAAGAACCUGGAAUAUUCAUGUUCUUGGAAUUAGGAAAACUUAAAAAGCUCCAGUUGCUAAAAGUUGACCAAAAUCGUCUUAUAUCUCUAACUCCUGCUAUUGGAGGAUCCAUAGGACUAACUGAAUUGAUUUUAACUGAAAAUCUUUUAGAGGAAAUACCUUCAACACUUGGCAAACUCCACAAAUUAUCUCUCUUAAAUGUAGAUAGAAAUCGACUAGUUUCUUUACCAGUUGAGGUUGGUAAUUGCACCAAGCUAACUGUGUUGUCAUUACGAGACAACUUACUACAGCGACUACCAUCUGAGAUUGGAAACUGUCGUAAUCUUCAUGUUGUAGAUGUAUCUGGAAAUAGACUUGAGUUUCUUCCUCUGUCUGUUGGUACCCUUCCUCUUAGUGCCUUGUGGCUGUCAGAAAACCAGUCCCAGCCAAUCCUUAAACUGCAAACAGAUGACGAUGAACAAUCUGAAAAAGUUUUGACAUGUUUUCUGUUGCCUCAACAAGGAAUGGGUAGUCUAGAAAUGCUGACUAACGACCUUAGYCAUGGUUUCGCUAUGGAUAACUUGAUGAUGCAAGACUUUAAGGAGGAUGAAGAGGAAGAAAUCCCCCCUAAAGAAGGAGGCAUUCAUUUUGCKGAUGACCUUGGACCUGAGCAUGAUCGUGAGACAUCUCAGUUCAUACGACAUGACACACCAAGGUUUAAAGACCUCAAGGCACGUCAUCCUAAACGUGUCAUCCACAAAACACAUCCUGGUGCUGCUGAUGGCGCAGUGAGACAUGGCCGGUCAUUCACGGAUGAAGAAAGCGCUUCGGAUUCAGAUUCAGUGAAACACAAAAAGAUUGCUUUUGAAGAGAACACAACGGAAGACAAACCCGCCGAGGAGGAACAUUCAGAGGAGGUGACUUUACCACCGCGAGGCGUUGUUGGGUUUGCUAACGAUGCAGACGAAGCUGAAGGCGAAAAGGGAGACUCCGAUGAUGARCAUCAAAGAAUUCGGUUUGAAGGGGAAGAUCACCCCGAGAGACACGAGAAGCUUCGAAGAAGAGAUACCCCCCAUUACCUGAAGGAUAAAAGAAUUAAUAUGAAAGGAGAUGAAGAUAAAGUAAAAGAGAUCUUAGCUAAGACUACAGGAUCRGAGAAUGAACAAGAAGAUUCUGACGCGGAAGAMCAAGAGGGUCCAAAGCUAAAGCGAAAGCUACAGUUUGASAAURACGAUACUAAUGAAGACGUUGAACAGCARAUGGUCACAGUAACUAAAGUCGUAGAAGAGAUUGAGUACACAUUACACAGGGAUACCAAAGGCCUUGGUAUUAAUAUCGCAGGAGGAAAGGGAUCGACUCCUUAUAAGGAGAACGAUGAGGCUAUAUUCAUUUCAAAAAUCUCUGAAAAUGGGCCAGCGGGCAAGGACAACAUUUUACGGGUCGGAGAUAAAAUAUUAAAGGUGAAUGGCACAGACAUAAGUAGCGCAACACACCACGAGGCGGUUAAUGUACUCAAGUCAACUGGCAAAGAUAUAACGCUGUUUGUUGUUCGUGAACGAGAAGAAAUUGUCAAGAAACCCGUCCCAAAGAAGACUCCAGAGAAAGUACAAGAAACUAUCGAAGCACCGGUACACGAGAAUGGACUUCAUGAAGCAUCCGAGCUGGAAUCCAUGCCAAAUGAGGUUGACGAGACUCCAAAAGAGGACARCAAGAGAGUUGGUGUACGAUUCGCGCCAGAACCAGAAAUGGAAGAGAUCGAAACAAAACCUGAGCGCGUGACUGUCACGCUAAGGCGAGGAGGAGAUAAAGGACUGGGUUUUAGUAUUGCUGGUGGGCGUGGAUCGACGCCGUACAAAGAUGGCGACCCGGGUAUUUUUAUAUCGAAGCUCGCUGAAGAAGGUAUCGCAGAAAGGGAUGGUCGGCUUAAAGUCGGGGAUAAAAUAUUAUCGAUAAACAGCAAGGAUAUGAGGAGCUGUCGUCACGAGGACGCCGUUGCCAUGUUAACGGGAGGUCUAUCCUACGUCACGCUAAUCGUUUAUCGAGAGAAGGUCGUUAAUAAGAGGAUGACUCCAGUAUCCAAACUACAAGACCAGUCGACUGUUAAUAAGAAACUAUUAAUCAAGAAUGAAGGCGUUGAAAAUCAUCUAGAGAAUGGACAAGACUUGGAUCUCGAGGACGGCAAACCUGUAUUGGAUAUAGUCGAAGUGAUAUUAAAGAAAGGUAACAAUCCAUUAGGGUUUAGUAUUGUUGGAGGAUGUGAUCAUGCCAGUCAUCCCUUCGGAAUGGAAGAACCUGGAAUAUUUAUAUCAAAAAUUGUACCAAAUGGCGUGGCAGCAAGCACAGGGCUUAAAAUAGGCGAUCGAAUAUUAAAAGUGAACGGUAAAGACAUGAGGCAUUCUACACAUCAAGAAGCUGUAGCUGCAUUGAUAGCUAAUGUGUCUCUUAUAAAACUACUAGUACGUCAUGACCCUCCACCUAAAGGACUACAGGAAAUCACGUUUAUCAAGAGUCCUGGUGAUAAGCUUGGUAUUAGUAUUCGUGGUGGUGCUAAAGGUCACCCUGGUAACCCAUUCGAUCGGACUGAUGAGGGAAUAUUUGUAUCAAAGGUCUCAGAGGGUGCAGCUGCUCAUAAAGAUGGUCGACUUAAAGUAGGACAAAGGAUUUUAGAGGUCAAUGGUACCAGUCUUCUAGGAGCRACUCACCUCGAGGCUGUACGCGCGCUAAGAUCCAUGGGAGAUAAAUUAACGCUCCUGGUGUGUGAUGGGUACGAUCCUACCAAGGUACCCGAAGUCCUUCCUGGGCAGAUGCCUAUUAUGUCUCUAACCGCCGGUAAAUCGGUCAGCGAAGAAUCAAUAGAUAGAGAUCCGCCAACUCACGACAGAGCACACGAAGAAAUUCGACGGGAAAUCCGACGACAGGAGGAGGAGGCGAGAAAGGAGGCAGAGCGAUUUGAAAAAGAGGAAGACGAACGAAAGGAGGCAAUCAGAAAGAGAAUGGAAGAAGCCAAGCGUUUAGACGAAGAAAAUAGUCAAAAUGUAAACAGAGCCAGUCCAGGCCCCGUGUCAUCAGAUCAAGCUCGACGGUUAGAAGCCGAGGAGGCCGAGAAACAAGUCAAAGACCGAAUUCAACAACGCCAAGGAAACAAAUCUGAUUCCGAAGACACUACGACGAACGUUAAACGCACACUAUCGGCUUCCGAACGACGAGCGAUAGAAGCCGAAAAGAGAGCCCAGUGGCGAAAAGAGCGCAUGCGUGAACUCGAAGAGGAUGCGUUGAAGGCGCAGAUCGUUAUUGCGCAAGUCAAAGCUAUGUCUGCCUCUUCACUCGAAUCGCUUCCCUUGGGGUCCCCUGACGGGCCAAGGCAAUCAAGUUCUUCAGAAAACGAGUUCAACGAAGGACGAAGAACGUCAAGUACAUCGAAUAAGACCACGUGAUAUAUUAUAACCAAUCAAUGAAUAGGAGAGGAACCUAUAGAAGAGGCUGGCCCUUGCUGGGUUGCUAUGGAAACCCUCUGAGAUUCCACGUCCGAGGAGGCUUGGAAACUAAUCAAUGCAAAGUGGUUGUGAUGCAGCUUUGUCAUGGAAGUGCCAGUGAAAAUUUUAACGAACUUUUAAUUUUUAAUUAUUUUAAAGUCAGUCGCCUUAAAGGUUUUUGGUUMUUUUUAACGAAAUUUUCCGAGAUCAAACACGAUUUUGUUUUAAUUUUGAGUUCAUUCAUGAAAAKCCACCACAAGUUAGUCACGUGGUAUCAUCACGUGACCUGAUAUUUUUAACGUGGUAUGAUAAAGAAUGGUAACGAGGGUCCAACUAAUCUGACAACCACUAUUGUAGAUAGGUAUUUUUGAACUAAAUSAAGUCAAAUGAAUAAUGUACAGAUUAGCUUAAUCGAGCUUACUCUGUGGUGGUCUACCUGUGGCGGCUAAGUCUGUUACCAGUCUUUCUCAUUCAAGUCUUACCACAGGUAGACCAAUUUGAGUUUUUAGUGGCUUUUAGACAUAUAUAAAUACAUGUUAAUAUUUCUGAUGUAAGUUAAAAUCAUUAUUUUAUCAACGCGAGUUUUAUUUUUUCGAGGUCUUAAAGCCGAUCAAUGGAGCUCAUUUUAAAACGAUUGAUUCAUUGUCAGCGGUUUAAAGGUACUAUAUGAGAGAGUAUAUCCGAGCUCAUUUGAUAUUUGAGCCUUUAGAUCCUCAGAGAAACAAAGGUGGCGRAAAGUUGUAUGUAAAAGAGCAAUUUGAAUUUUUAACGAUGAUAAUUAUUAAUAUUAUUAAGACAAUAUUAGCUGUUACGUCUCAAAUGUAAGAAAUGUUUUUAUACAGAGGAAUAAAUCGCGUUAAAUGAAUAAA